CUUUGCGCAGUCGUAUUUUUACGGAGCAGCCAAUAUUAUUCGUGUUGUGCCGGAAAGCGUACGAUAAGAUAUCGGUGGAUUCAGUGAAGGAUAUGUUUAUAUAGUUAUUAUAAAAAAGCAAUUAGUGAUAAUGUUUUAUUAUUGUAAUUAUUCCUUGAGUUGACUUCGAUUACGAAUGUAUUAAUCAGUAUUGUGAUUUGUUUUUAUAUUAGCGCGUACGUUUUUCGAAGUCAUAUCACUUUAUUGGUGACAAAAAAAAAAUUAUCAAAAAAUUAUACGAAAUGGAUACGGUACCAGUUUUGCAAGUAGAUGAAUUGUUAAAGAAAAGAUUUGAAAAAUUAAUUAAUCAUUUUGAAUCACGGUUUCAUUAUAAACCUGAUUUUUUUACCAGAGUACCAGGACGGGUGAAUCUAAUCGGUGACCAUGUCGACUAUUCUGGAUAUUCUGUUUGCCCUAUGGCUAUCGAGCAUGAUGUGCUUUUAGCUGUUGGUAAACCUCAUAGCUCAUCUUCAGGAUUACAUCUUACGAAUGUAGAAAGUCAUAAGUAUCCUGACUACAUCUGCGACAAUUUUUUAAGCUGCAGGGAAGAGUUAAUCAACAAUAAACAGCCACAUUGGUAUAAAUAUUUUAUUUGUGGAGUUGUAGGUGCUAUGGAAGAGAUUCCAAAAAAAAAAUUCAAAACUCGUUUGGAUGUAGCCGUCUGGGGUAAUAUUCCACCAGCAGCUGGCCUAUCAAGUUCUAGUGCACUGGUAUCGUCAGCAGUUCUGGCAGUUUCCUACGCUUUUGAGUAUCCGAUGUCGAAAAAUGAUCUUGCGUUGCUUAGCUCACAAGCAGAGAGACAUAUUGGUACUCAAGGAGGCGCAAUGGAUCAAGCGAUAGCUUUUCUUGCUAAAGCAGGUGCUGCGAAGUUGAUAGAAUUUAAUCCAUUAAGAACAAUUGAUGUUAAGCUACCUGAUGAAGCUGUAUUUGUUAUUGCAAAUAGCAUGGUAGAAUUCAACAAAGCUGCUACCACUGAAUUCAAUACUCGAGUUCAUGAAUGUAAAUCUGCGGCGAAUUUGAUUGCUAAACAGAAAUUAGAUCAUUGGGAAGAUGUCAAGACUAUUGGAGAACUUCAAAAGUGCCUUGGGACCAAUUUUGACGAAACGUUAAAAAUUGCCGAGCAAAUUUUAUCAGUUGAACAUCCUGUUUUUAUGAAACGAUGUCAACAUGUUUUGCAAGAGGCCGCAAGAGUUUUGGAGUUUCAACGGGUGUGUCAGAGUUCAAACGUUAAUCAAUUAAAUCAUUUGGGUGAAUUAAUGAAUCUGAGCCAUGAAAGUUUACGUUAUCUUUACGAGUGUAGUCAUGAGUCAGUAGAUUUACUUGUUGAAAUGGCUUUAAAGUUAGGAGCAUUGGGAGCACGACUCACAGGAGCUGGGUGGGGUGGUUGUGUCGUGAUUUUAACAACCAAAGAUAAAGUUGAUCAAUUGAUCAACGAUCUUAAACAAAUAAUAAGGAAUUUGCAUGGAUUAUCUGAGGAAGAUCAACUAGACAAGAUAAUAUUUACAACAGAACCUCAUCAAGGUGCAGCUAUAUAUGAAUCUUAGAUUUAAUGUUGGAAGGAAAAAAGUAAAAGAAAAUUUGUAUUAGAUAUCGAUUUUUAUGAGCUUUUAUGAAUAGUAUUAACAUUAUAUAUCUUUUGUUAAAAAAAAGAAAUUCAGUAUGUAAACAAAAUUAUUUUUAUAUAAUUAUAUUUCAUUAAUUAUAACGUUUAAAAUAUAAGUAAUAACGAAAGGAUAUGAUUUUGAAAGGAUCUAAUUGAGGAUAAAAUAAUAAUAGCACAGUAUCGUCAUU